AUGAAGUUCUUCGCCUUGAUCCCAGCCGUUUUGGCCGCCAGCGGACUUGCUUCUGCCUUUGAAUACUCCAAUUCCACCACUACCCUUGCACCCAGCAGCAAAGCCGUGUUGACCACGGAAACUACUGAGUUUACAAGCAACGGCAACGAUUACACUUCAACGGUCACGCUUAUGACCACGAUCACGAUGAGUACUGGCACUGCCUCCGCUUCUGCCUCUGCCCCUGCCUCUGGCUCUGCCUCUGCCGCUGCCUCUGCCUCUGGUACUGCUGGUGUUUCGGUCAGUGCCAAUGGUAAUGCAAAGGGCGCAAAUGCGCUCUUGACCACCUCUUCUACGACUGAGGUGUGGUCCACCAUCACGUCCACUUUGUACACUACACAGAGCGUCACUCUUUCAAACAGUCAAGUCUCUCUGUCGACCAGCGAGUACGAGAAACAAAUUGUCGUGGGCACAUCCAACCCAGCUUGCGUUCCUCAGACUGUCACUGUCACCCAGGACAAAACCCAUACCCAAUACGUCACCGUCACUGGAUCGAGCUCUGCUGCAUCUUCAUCAGCCUACACCUGGGCUCCAGCAUCCGCUUCCAUCUACAACGGAACCAGCACUGCUCGCUAG